CGCAGCGGGUCUUGUGGGGGUCGGGCUCUGGCCCAGAAAAUAGCCAAAGGCUCGGGUAGCUGGGGACAGGGCGCAGCGGAGCUAGACCGGCCGGCACCGGUGGCGUGUGGGUGCACGGGAGGUGCCUAGGUCUUGGCUCCAGAUCUGCGGCUCAGGCCCUGGGCGCCCCCGCUUCUAGAACAGGGGGUUCCAGCCACUGGCUUGGUGCUCUUCAUAGCCACCCGUCAUGGCCCGGGGACUGCCCAGUGCUGCCAGCCUGGCACGCUUCUGCCAGAAGCUGAACCGCCUGAAGCCGCUGGAGGAGUCCAGCAUGGAGACGUCCCUGCGGCGCUGCCUGUCCACACUGGAUCUGACCCUGCUGGGUGUGGGCGGCAUGGUAGGCUCGGGCCUCUAUGUGCUCACAGGCACUGUGGCCAAGGACAUGGCUGGCCCUGCCGUGGUCUUGUCCUUCGGCGUGGCCGCUGUGGCCUCCCUGUUGGCAGCCCUGUGCUAUGCAGAGUUUGGAGCACGAGUUCCCCGCACGGGUUCUGCAUACCUAUUCACCUAUGUGUCCAUGGGCGAGGUGUGGGCCUUCCUCAUAGGCUGGAAUGUGCUCCUGGAAUACCUCAUCGGGGGUGCCGCAGUAGCCCGUGCCUGGAGUGGCUAUCUGGAUGCCAUCUUCAGCCACAGGAUUCGAAACUUCACUGAGUCUCAAGUGGGUGUCUGGCAGGUCCCCUUCCUGGCCCAAUACCCAGAUUUCCUGGCCGCCAGCGUCCUACUCGUGGCCUCUGCCUUUGUCUCCUGUGGAGCCCGAGUCUCCUCCUGGCUCAACCACACCUUCUCAGCCGUCAGCCUGAUGGUCAUCCUUUUCAUCAUCAUUCUGGGCUUCGUCCUGGCCCGCCCCCACAACUGGAGCGCUGAGGAGGGUGGCUUCGCACCCUUUGGCUUCUCUGGCAUCAUGGCGGGCACUGCCACCUGCUUCUAUGCCUUCGUGGGCUUCGAUGUCAUUGCUGCCUCCAGUGAGGAGGCCCAGAACCCACGGCGGGCCGUGCCCAUGGCCAUCGCCAUUUCCCUUGGCCUGGCAGCCAGUGCCUAUAUCCUCGUGUCUGCUGUGCUAACCCUCAUGGUGCCCUGGCGCAGCCUGGACCCUGACUCCGCACUCGCUGACGCGUUCUACCGGCGGGGUUACAGCUGGGCUGGUUUCAUCGUGGCAGCUGGCUCCAUCUGCGCCAUGAACACCGUCCUACUCAGCAACCUCUUCUCCUUGCCACGUAUCGUCUAUGCCAUGGCCGCUGAUGGGCUCUUCUUCCAGGUGUUUGCCCGUGUGCACCCCCGAACACAGGUGCCUGUGAUGGGCAUUCUGGUGUUUGGGGUCCUCAUGGCUCUCCUGGCCCUGCUGUUGGACCUAGAGGCACUGGUCCAGUUUCUGUCCAUCGGCACUCUUCUGGCCUAUACCUUUGUGGCUGCCAGCAUCAUUGUGCUGCGCUUCCGGAAGUCAUCUCCACACAGCUCCUCGGGCCCAGCCAGCCCUGACCUCACAGCCAAGAAGUACGACUCCUUCUCAGACCACAUACAGCUAGUGGGUGCUGUGCAGGCCUCAACCCCUGAGCCUGGGCAGCUGCGACCAGCCCUGAGGCCCUACCUCGGCUUCCUGGGAGGGCUCAGCCCUGGAACCGCUGUGACGUGGGCACUUGGUAUCCUGGUGGCCUCAGCUAUCAUGCUGGAUUGCAUACUGGUCUUUGGGGACUCAGCCCUGUACCUCCCACGGUGGGGCUACAUCCUGCUGCUCCUCAUCAGUGGUGUGGUAUUUCUGCUCAGCCUCCUGGUCCUGGGGGCUCACCAGCAACAGCACCGGCAAGAUACUUUCCAGAUCCCCUUGGUGCCCCUGACUCCGGCCUUGAGCAUCCUCCUCAAUAUCUGCCUCAUGCUGAAGCUGAGCUACCUGACCUGGAUGCGCUUUGCCAUCUGGCUGCUGAUUGGACUUGCUGUGUAUUUCGGUUAUGGCAUCAGGCACAGCAAAGAGAACCAGCAGGAGCCACCAGGGCUGACCACCACACGCUAUGUGGUAUUCCCCAGCGGCAGCCUGGAAGAGACGGUGCAGCCCGUGCAGCCUGUGAGCCAGGAACCAACCCAAGGGCCUGACAGCACGGAGUAGCUGGAGAGUCUGUGAGCCAAGUUGUGCUUUCCCUGCCCUCUCCCACAUCCUUGAGAGGCCAGAGGAGCUGGGAGCUGCUUCUCUCCAAGGCAGCUUGGGUGUACAGCCGCCCAGGUUGAGAAGUUCUCAGGAUCUUAGGACUCUAUCCCACAUACUGAGCUUCUGGUCUUUAGGGGAUGGACCUUGGCCAGCAUUAAUGCAGUGGACUCUUUGCUCAGCACCUUCCUAUUUAUGACCAACUCCAGGUCCUGGGCAGGUGGGGUACGGUGGGCGGGGAAGAGGUUGCAGUCCCAGGGAUCCAUAAUAAUAACUGCUUGGUCAGCCAUAUGGGCAACCACUAUGUCCACAUUUUUUUGUGACCCUGAGUUCUCACCUGCCCCCAAGGAGCCAGGUGAUUGUCUCCAGUCUGCAGCAAAGAUGCUGAAGUUCUGCAUGGUAGCUCUGGGACUAACCCACAUGGCCAGCCCUGGGUCCUGGCCCCUCCCUCAGGACAGUGCCUCUUGACCAGUUCAGAGGGGAGCUACAUAUACCAGAUGAAGAGGGUGGGGACCGUGGGAGGGGUCAGGGCUGGACCCUAUGAAGGUUGCCUAGAAAAGGCAAGGGUUCCCAGAGAGACAGUGUGUGCCGGAAGCCUGGCCCCAGGACACUGAGGCACAUCUGCACACAGGUAUGUCUCACACACACACACAUACACACACACACACACACACACCCUCAGGCACAUGCCUGCAUAGCCUGCAUAUCCCACACAACUACCCUGGGGUGCACACUCCUGCCCAGACCAAGGUGACACCUGUAACAAGCUCAAGCCUGGGCCACACCUCGCUUCCUUGUUGUGUCUGCCCACUUUGCCAGGGUUUGAGGUAAAGGCUGAGGUGGUAUACACAUGACUGGUACACAGUUGAGCAUGAGUCCACAGAUGCCUGGGCCUACCCCUACUGCCUUCUGGUCCACUCGGUGUCCCACAUACAGGGAGGAGGGAAUUCCUGGAUAAACCCCAGGCCAUUGAUGGUGAACCCUUUAGAGACUGAGUGCCCAAACUGCAACCCCAAACCCAUGUAUUUAUUGAAAAGUGCCAAUGCUGGCCCUA